AUGAAAUUGGUGAGAGAAGUUCUCAAGUGGUCUCCAGGGUUGGUGCUUUUUGUGAUCAGUAUCUAUUCAGGCUCCAAGGCUCUCUCAAAAAUACCCAUUCCAAUAUUUUUAGCCUUACAUAAUCUAACAGAUUUUAGUCAUGUUAUCACUGACACCAUUAUACAUAGAAGGACCGUUACCCUGGGCCGAUAUGUGUCCUUGAUGUACAUCGCUGCGUCCUCCAUUAUGAUCAGCUGGACUGAUCCUCAGUUCCACGAGGCGGGGUACUUGUGGAUGAUGGUACAUAUAUUAUCCACUGGGGCACUUGCAAUGUACAGCAAAAUGACAAAACAUUUUCAUCUUAUACAGCUUGGAGAUACUGGUAGACUAUAUUACAAUUAUUUAUAUAGCUUCAUAAUAUUGGCACCUUCAAGUUAUUUCAUAGGUGAUGCCCUAGCAGCAAGGGAAUUCCCAUUUUUCUACUUAUAUAAAUUUUACGUUGGAUGUGUGUCAAGUGGAGUUUUUGGUGUGAUACUGAGCCUGAUUGUGAUCAAAUAUAAAGAGGAAUACCACACCUCAUUCAGAGCCACGGCCGCUGUCGCAAAGGUUGCCGCUUCCCUUGUGUCCUUGAGUUUAUUUGAUUUCAUUAUUACGGCAAGUAACUCAUUCUGGGUAUGUUCCAACCAGCUAGCCAGCGUGGCCAUCAGCCUUUUAGAACAACUGGACCCCAUACCAAGAGAGAUGGAAGAAAGUGACCUGAAAACCAAGCAGAACGGUGUGUCAGAAGCCACAGGGUCUGCCAUUGUCUGAGAGAGAGAGAGAGAGAGAGAGAGAGAGAGAGAGAGAGAGAGGGAGGGAGAGAGAGAGAAGUUAUGAGUUGUGUGAGAGAGAGUGAUAUGUACGAAGGUUGAGUAAAUUCAAGCAAAAAGACGCUGAGCCUCAUAGGUCACCUAGUGCUACUACAAACAGUGCCGUUAAAGAUUGGUACUAUUCCCCUGACAUAUGUGAGCCUGAAUCAAAGUCAACAUUAGAGCAAUGAACUACCAAAAGAACAAUCAAAAAAAAACAGAAUGAUACAGAGAAACCACAGGAUGAGUGAGGGAAAACAGAAAGUGGUACACCUUUGGAAAGAUUUAUAAAAAUUCCAGUUCCUACAUGACUAUUCUUGAGACACACUAAAUGACAUUAAAAGACAUUCAAAGUCAUAUAAUAUGGACAAAAUAUUAAUGUUGGAAUCAGGGAGCAUACUUCCCACAGAAUGCUCAAGUGCAAAAAGAAUCUACUUCCAUUUUAAUUUAAAAAAUAUUUUAGGGAGAACUGUGCUGGUGGAUAUGUCCAUUGAGUCUCUUGUAUUAUAAAUCAUAAAAUAUGCAUAAUAUGAUAUAAAAACAGAUAAUGUUUGCUGUACAACAAAUAGUGGUUUACUGGUUGCUUAUGUAUAAAAUAUUUCCAAAUCCUUAAGUCAUAUAGAGUCACUAGAAUUUUUUUAAAUUAUUUUUUUAACAAGUUUGUUUCUUGUUUGGUCAGAAGUAGCUGUACUGAGUGUAAGGCUCACAACUGGUGAUUCUUAAUCUUAAUAGAGAGGCUAUUGAGUUGUCAAUCUUUAAAAAUGUACCAGUACAGAUGGUAUCAGUAAAGUAAAGGUAAGAUUAUGGAAGGAAUGCCAAGAGCUUUGCUGGAGGCAGUUUAUUGAUGUUUACAACUACUUAGCACACAAAUGGAUAAAUUUGUGUCUUAUCCAACAGUUUAAUUUAUAACAAUAUUUUUAUUCAGUCAAAGUAAGAAACCCCACAGCGGGUAGAGAAUAUAUGUUAUUUGCAUUUUAUGCACACUGGUGAUAGGAAAUAUACUAAUAUAUGUUAUAUUUGAAUGACUUUUGUUUACUUAAUAUUAAAUUCUUAUGCUACACUCCCUUCCCAGAACACCGUUUCAUAUGUGACAAGGUUAAUGCAGAGCCAGGAUGAAAAAGUUAAUAUAUUAUUUGUAACAUGUUGAAAAUUUCAUGUGUACAUUUUGAGUUCUUUUAAUUUGGCAAGUUUGGUUACACAGGCUGAAAUGUCUAUACAAGACAUUUCUCCAUCUAUUUGAAAAUAUUGAAUCUCACAUUAUUUUUCAUUGAAGUGCUUUCAACUCAUUGGAGGAUAAAUUUUAGGUUGGUUGCAAACUUAGUUAAUAAAGAGCCUUAGCAUGUCAAAAAACUUCUAAAAACCGGUCAGUUGUCUUGGGCUUUUUAGUUCAAGUAGAUAAGAGAGGAAAAACAUAACAUGAAAGAGAAUUUUCAUCCUUAAGUUGCAUUAGAUCAUUUUUCUGAUGGUGCUAAAAGUUGUAAAAUUUUGGCAAAGUCAGUUUUUGUGGAUGCAAUAGAUAGCAAAGAUUGCAAGGUCAAGGUCAGCAGAACAAAGUGAAGGUCACCCAUUGAUUAUUAUGAGGUGGUGUUUGAUCCCGGAAAGAUAACAUAUGUAUAAGAAAAGACAAACAGAUGAAUAAAAGUGUACAACAGGG